UCUUGCCCCAUGAAAUAUUUGCGAGAUGGAGCCAACAGCUAAGGGACGGACUGAGAAGAGUUUCAGCUAUGUCAUCAGAGCCCCCAGCAGUGAGGGGUUCGACAUAAUGAACGUUGAUGUGAAGAUUGACACAUCCUGGAUAUUCCAGGACAUGGAAGAUAGUGCUGAGGAGCAGGCAGGUCUUCAGGAAGAAGCAGCUGGUCACCCAGACGUGGAUACGGGGGCCCUCAGGAGGCAGCUGCAGUCCUCCCAGCAGAAGCUGUCAGCAGUGGUGGACAAGUACGUGACAUCAGAGUCCGGGCUGAGAAGCAGAAUUCAGGAGCUGGAGCUGUCAGAGAGGAAACUCCUCCGGAAGGUGGACCAGCUGAGCACCCACAUGGCUCAGGAGAGGAGCGCCUGGCUGCAGGCCCAGGAGAAGCUGGCAGCGCUGCAAGGGGAGCUGGCCAGCCAGGAUGCUCUGGGCUGUGUUCAGGGUAACUCACUGCCCCUGCCCAGGGAGGAGGCCCUGGACCCCUGCAGAAGCCAAGGCUGGCGGAGCUCCCUGCGGUCCGGUGAUGCCCCUGGACAAAGGGCCUCAGAAGGCCAGUUCCCGGAGGGGCCCUGCACCUGGAGCUACAUCGGGUCUGGACGGGCCUCUUCUGUUUUGGCUCCAGGCCCGGAGACCACAGGCGAGCUCCCCGGAGACCUGGCGGGAUCCAACCGUGAACAGCUUACUCUGGCAGAGCCUAGCUUGGAUGAACAGAUUCUUCUCCUGGUCUGUAGCUGCCCCCCAGGGGAGUGCUUGGACAAGUCACUCCUCCCCAUGGACCUGGCCCGGAUUUCAGAAAAUCUAGCAGCUGACCCGGCCACAGAGGCCUUUCUCCUGGUGCAGACGUCCGCACUCCCUCUCUGGGGGCCGGCUGGGGACUCCGCUUCUUGGCGACCACUUCUGCUCCAGGAGCUUCCCUCAGAUGGACAACAAACCCAAGAAGAGUUGGCCACCAGGUCCCCACCUCCUCCCAAAGCCACAGGACCCCCCAGCUGGGAUUGUCACCAGGCAAGAGACUGCAGUGCCUCCCUCUCCCACGAGGCCCCCCACGUUUCAAAUCACCGAUUUCCAAAAAAACACCCCAAGGAUCUGACAGACACUUGGAACAAUGGAGGAGGAAGCCUGGGGAGGAGAACUGAAGAGGGGGAGGCAAGGGGGACUUUGGGCAGGAAGGGGAAAAACCUUGGUGACAAGCACCAGCCAAGUCAGAAAAGCCAUCAGAACCUGAGCUUGGAGAACGGGGCUGGAGCCACAGAGGGCGUGCAGGACCAGAAUGGGGCUUCAGAGACCAGGGCUGCCACCUGCCACCCUGGGACCUGGCAGGAGUUUUUGAUGUCUCUUCUACAGGGGGAGGCCUCAGUAUCAAAGGAGGGUCCCGAAUCCCUGAGAAGGAGGGAAAGGGUGGAAGGAUAUGUCUGGGGUCUCCGAGGAGGACUGUCAUCAGAGAAGGAGGAAGCGGCGCCCCUAGCCGCCUUCUCCAGGUCUCACGAGACCAAAGAGCUGUGGCCAACAGACAGUCAGCUCCUCGCAGGAAGAGGCAGAGCCAUUGGGAGGACAGCUAGGGACAAGGAGGAAAACCAAAUGUGGCUUGGAAAUGCUCUGCUUCUGCAAGGAGAAAGCCCGGAGGACGAAGGGCUAGAGGAGAAGGAUGAGGCAUCGCAUCAAGAAGCAUCCAGUCCAGGGUGCAGGGGUGCCCCUGAGGAGCCUGACUCCCAGGAACAUGAGAGCAAGGAAAUGCUUUUCUUCGCAGGAGAGACAGGUCUGCCUCUGUUUCCCAGAUUUGCCUUAUCAGCUGACGGGGGUGAACCCACUGGUCACAAUCCACAGGCUGUGAGCAAAGGACAUGACAGGUGUGCACUCACAAUCGAUGAGCUUGCACAGGAGGUGGAGGCUUGUUUCCAGCAGCUGUCCACCCUGCAGCCAGGCCGUGGGGGCUGGCGGCGCUCAGCCUCUGCAUGUGGGGGAGAGAGCUGGAGCUUUGCUCAGAAGUGGCACAGUGGCGGGGAGACAGCUCACUCUCAGCAGGUUUGGGGAAAUUGGGGUAUUUGUUCUGAUGAAGAAGCAAAGUCUAAAGAGAGUGAUGAAGGUGAUAAGCCGGGGAAGACCAUGGCCCUGGGCACCAGCGAAGUUCCUGGUAACCCAGGGACACUGCCUGAUUGGUAUGAAGCCAGCCCAAACCCUUCAGAGGGGCCCGCGGAGCCCUGGGGUGCCCUCGAAAGAGUGAGGAGCAAGUUUCGUCAGCUCAUUUCUGGGUUGAAGAAACAGCGAUGCCAGAUUUUACACGACACCACCAAACUUCACGGAGACCAAGAGCGGUGCCAUGAAAGAGUGUGCGCCCUUCAAAGAGAGAGAGAGCGAGAGGUGACAAAAAUAUCCAGGCUCGAGCGGGAUAACCACAGGCUGGUAGGGGAUGUCUCUCAGUUAAAGAAAGAACUGGACCAAUAUUUACAGGUCAUCUCCGACCUUGAAGACUGCAAUGGGAAGAGUUACAGCAAAAUUUUGGAGCUUGAAGAGGAAAAUGAAAAACUGAAAGGGAAUCUGGGCCAACUUCAGAAAUCCAUGUCUGAGAGUAUCAGGAAAUCCAAAGACACGAUGGAGCAAGUCACUCUGGAAAACUGGAAGCUCCAGGCGCUGAUCUCGGAGCUUGGCGUUAGUUACAAAGAGCUGAUAAAGGAUAUCGUGCUGGGAAUAGAAGACAUGAUCCGGGCCUUAAGCGGGGAGAACGAGCACCUUCUACGCAGGGUCCAUGUCCUGGAGAGGGAAGUCACCUUGCAGAGGAGCACGGAUCAGGGGCGUUUGGUGAGGGGAAGGGAGCACCUCCAGGGAAAAGCCAAGAUGCACACUGUAGACAAAGAGGUGCAGGUAACUCCUCUUGCAGGGCAGCUGCUUUCAAGGGCCUGUGGGCCACUCUUGGCGGAGGAAGUGGGUCUGGCUGCAGGGCAGACAGGACCUUCCACAGGCGCUGGAAAUUCUAGAUGCGGUACUGAUUCUCCCCCUCCAUCACUGGUCUGGAGAAACGCUGAUGUAGCCAACAACCUGCAAGGAAAUGUCGGUGGAGCAGGAGUGAAAGAAGCACAUAUGGAGAAAGAGGAGAAGAGGCCCAGGUGUUCUGUGGCUCAGGGGCAAGCUCUGAGGUCCCUGAGCAAUGGCCCCGCGCCCCAGGACUCAGAGGCGGAGGUUACUGAGGAAGAUCCCGGGCUGCGCGCCCAGCAGCUCCAUCACCGGGUGCUGACCCUGCAGUGCCAGCUCCGGGACCAGGGCGCUGCCCACCAGGCAUCUCGGGACGAGGCCGCCCGCCUCCAGGAGGAGCUCCAGACCAAGCUUGAAGAACUUCAGAAAGAGCAACAUGAAGCAAAGUUGGCGGUGACUCCCCUGAAGGCCAAGAUAGCUUCCCUGGUCCAGAAGUGCCGGGAGAGGAACCGCCUGAUCACCCACCUGCUGCAGGAGCUGCACAGACAUGGGCUGGAGAACCUCCCGCUCUCUGAGCUGGCACAGAACAUGCUCAACGACGUGGCACUGGCUGAGUACGCGGCCACCUUCCUGGCUCCGGGAGUCCCAGAGACAAGCCACCACCUGGACAUCAAGUCUGAGAUGACGGCAGCUCUAAGAGCUCAGACAUACCUCUUGAAUCCUGAAAUGGACAGUGUCCUCCAAAGCUCAUCGUCUUCAGAGUCCUGGCCUGUUCCCGAGCCAGAGUGGCCAGCACAGACAGCCCAGCUGGAUUCUCUGAAGCUCCCUCUGUCCUUGGUGUCCACGCUUGAUCCUGGAACGUGCCUGGCAGCGGUCACCGUGGAACCAGGACUCUCCGCACAACGUCUGCAAGAAGAAGGCGGAAUGCCCUGUCCUGCCCUCCAAGCCGAUGACGCCCCAGCACCCUCCGAGCUCCUGAGCCCAGCGAGGAUCCUGGCUUUUCACCAAGAGCUUAGACAAAGCAUUUGCAGCAAUUCCCAGGUCCAUAAAUCACCGCUGGAGUUAUAAAUGUAAUAGGGCCACUCAUUCUCCGGAGCCAUUUCAUAGACUCCAUAAAUAUUUGAAGCAGAACCUUCAGAGAGUGCUUUAAGAAAUUGGCAGCAAUCAAAGUCCUCAUUUAGUGGCAAGUGGUUUUGCCUUCGGCUUAGGGAUUUUUUGUUCAAUGUCAGAGCCUGAGAGAAAUGCUGGCCUGUGCCUGGCAAAUUCUGAGGAGUUUGGCUUCGGCAAUGUCGAGGCAGCAGAGGAAAUAUUUACUGUACCAAAGCCUAUUGAAUGAUUGGCCCAGAGGUUCUCAACUGGGUGCUGUUUUAGCCCCCAGGGAAAAUCUGGCCAUGUCUGGAGACAUUUUGGGUUGUCACAGCUGGGACGCUGCUACUGGCAUCUGGUGGGUAGAGGCCAGGGAUGCUAUGAAACAUCCUACAAUACCCAGGCCAGCCUCCUGCGGCAAAGAAUUACAGCCCGAGGUUCGCCAAUGCUGAGGCCAAGAGCCCAGGACGGAUCUCGCAGCUCUGAACAUGAUCAGCCAUGAAGAAUUGUUUUGUGAUUUUUCUGCCCCUGGGGUCCUUCCCUUGUUUUAAAGGAUUUUUUUUUUGUCUACUAAGUGAAAUCCCUAACUUAAAUCAUUACAUAUUUUACAUUUAAAAACAUUAAAACCAACCAGAACUUUCUAAUCAGUCCAUUCACUCCAAAAAUGUCUGUCGAUAUCCACUGGAUGCCAGGCCAUGUGGUAUGUAGGAGAAGAGAUGAGUCAAUGUUGAUCCCAGCUCCAGGACCUCACAGGACAAUGGGAGAGAUACUCCUGUGAGUAAAUCAGCACGCACACAAGUGUCACCUGUGCCCUGAGCGACAGGAUGAAGGCAAGGGUCACUUCUACUUGGCUUGGGAGAAUUGGAAGUCAGCCACAAAGGAAUGGCUGAGCAGCGUCCUGUGGGUGAGGUGGGAAGGGUGCUGCCAUAUGAGGGAACGCAUGUGCAAAGGCCCUGAGGCAUAAAACUGAACUGCAGAUGUUCCCCUGGAGGGGAAGUGGGUAAAGCAUGCGCUUGUCAAGCCAGCUACAAGCAGUCACUGCCUCGUUUCCAUCCAACACCCCUUCCUUCCCCCGAGAACAAAGACUCAUGCCCCGAAUCAGGUGGGUGACCCAGGAGAAGAGCACUUCCAUCCUGAGAGCAGCCCCCCAAAGAGAGAGUCCAGGGGGCUUGGACGACACACACCAGACCCUGACCCAGGCUCACCCACCAGAGAUGCCACCUCUCUCUUUGGGAACGGGCCGAGGAGGGGCUUAAGGAAAAGCCCAAGGCCACUACCUCUCCAAUUCUGUCCCCUCCUGGAAGUGGCUGUCCCUUCCGGGAAGGACAAACAAGGACGAGGACGAGGAACUGAGGGCUCCCCAGGAAGUGUCAACGUGCGUAGAUUUAUUUUAACGUAGGUUAGCUUUUUGUUUGGAAAUGAAAAUUACACAAAGUUCCCACAGACUCCUCCCCGGGCUUCCCUUGAUGUUAGCAUCUCAUGUGACUUAUGUUGUACAGUUAUAGAAACUAGUGGGUUUUAUUUUGAGGAAAAUUGGGGAGCCAUUGAGACGUAAGAAAGGCAGCCUCAGCACAUUGAGUUCCACCCUUUAAAUUCGUUUAUGGGGUUUUCUGAUGGGUUAGCACAUUCAUCCAUGUAUUCCCGGAUUGAUUUACCCACAGAUCUGUCUAUUUAUUUAUUCAAUAUGCAUUUAGUGACUGCUGUGCGAGUGUCUGGCUAGAUGCUGCUGGGGAAGAAGUAAAGAUGAUGCUGUUCACCUAGGUUUUCAGGGGCCCCCCUGGAGACCCUGUGGCCCCGUUACCACCCCUCAAGGAAUCCCCAGAUUGAAAACCACUGCGGUGAUCCCUUUGUCGGUUCGACCACCCCAGGGCUUCCCUAUAAUUUCCAAGCAGGAAGUGACCUGCAGCACUGGUUUGGUGAUCCGCCUUCUACCUCGCUCUGUAUUUUGGGACAACGUCAUUAGCUUUAAGCAUCAGGAACAUGACGGAGAGAGAACAGAAACCCGGUACAGUUGAGGACAGCCAGCUGAGCCCUUGCUGAGCCAGCGAGAUGCAGUGUGGUGCCGUCUCCAGGACUCCCAGGAGCUCAGAGGUCCGGCGUCUUGUCACUUCAUGCUCCCCACUGCUGCGCUCACGUGCUGGGCCUGGGCAGAAAGGCAACCCAGGAAAUCCAUUAAAGCAAGCCAAGAUGACCUUUGCAGCUUAACCCAACGAUCUUCUAAUAAAUCAUGUUUCCAAGGCA